UUCACCGGAACAUCACGUGAUCCAAUGCGCAUGCGCAGUUCCGCUGGCGGUUGUCCGAGUGAUUUUAGUUUUCUGUUUGCAUGUUCAGACGUUUUCUUCUGAUCAGUUUUUCUUCGAUUCAUUAUUACUUUCGGUUUCGGUUCGUGAUCUGCAGUGAGUUUCGAGUGCUAUGAGUGCGUGAUGAUGGCGUCCCCUGAGUCCAGUGUCUCGUCACUGCUGGCCACAUCAGGACGCCUGCGCAGCUCCAUCCGUCCAGAGCCCGUCUCCACCAUCAGAUACAAGGACAAAACCUACGCUUCUGCCUCGGAGGCGCUCGACGCGUACAUCUGUGACUUCCACAGGAGUCUGCGGGACUCUGAGACGUCAACCGGGGCGCUGGAGCUGCCCAAACCACUCGCAAAACCUCAUCCCAGGAACAGAGAUGUACUGAAGACGAGUUUGACGGAUGGAGAGCUGAACUUCCUGAACAUUCCCGUCCGGAAGAGAGACUCGGACCGGCUCAGUAUGACCACUGACGACCUCUUAGCUCUCCCAAAUGACGGCUCUCUCCCUGUGACCCGCACCUCCGCCCUUCUCUCCCGGUCAGGAUCCAGCUUUCCGUCGGGAUUGAGCUUUAACUCCAGCUCCUGGUCUCAGAAACGCUCCUCGCGUCGAGCCGCUCGGCCAGCGAAUCAGGAAUCUUUCCCUGUGGACGAUUUACUGAUGGGCUCGCGACCACACCGUCAGGCUCCUCCACCUAAUGUCCUUCUAGCCAAUCGGACGCAUCCACCCGACACGACCAGAUCCACGUGUCUCCCGCGCUGGAUGACCAGCCAGAAAUCUGAGAUGGAUUUCUCUGGGAUGACCAGCGUUCCUGACCGGAAGUCCCCGCUGUGGCUCAGACAGUGUGAGGAACCGUCAGACGGACAGCAGAGCGAUCGACCGCGCACUGUUCCUUCAUGGGUCGGAGAACUGGAGGAGUCCAGUCGUGACACACAGGCCAGCACUGGAGGACACCCCUAUGAUGAUCAGAUUGUGUCUCUGAUGUUAAAUACUCCUCCUCUUGGUCUCUGUGAGCCGCUGAAGGAACACAACACUUCAGGAGAGACGGAGACGCUGGACGCUGAUCGAUCCUGGGACAAUCCACCCGUGGCAUUUAAAUCUCCAGUACCAGUGGGUGGCGCUAAUGAACCCCUACCGCCUGAAGAGCUUCAGAGGAGCAAGGCUCCUGUUCAUCAGGAUACAGCAGCAGAAAACACCCUGGUCCAGUGGAGGCGCUCAAACACAUGCUGUUCCGCCUACAGGCCGUCCAACACGAUAUCAGCCAAUCACACGCGUCCACCGGAGCCAGAACACUGGAGCCGGAUCCUCAGGAGGAAACAGAAGAAACUGCCACGGGAAGCGACGAGUCAUUACAGAGAGCUCUUCAUCACCUGGACAGACUGAAAACACUCGUGGACGACAUGAACGAGAGGAAGGCCAGAGCAGAGGAUGAUGGGACUGAUUGUAAACACACACCUGCAGCGAAUAUCACAAACUGUGCCAGAAUCAAGAAGCAGUUAUGAAUCAGAAAUCAAAGAGUGUUAUUGUUUUACACACACAGGCGCUUCAUGGAUCAUAUUCGUUUAAAGGUUCAGUGUUUCAACCCGAUCAGUUUGUCUAAAGUGUGUUUACGUUCAGGUCAAUGACUUACACAAUCACUUGAUCACUGGCUGGAACAAUAAUAUUGAUAAACACUGAUUCUUUUGCUAACCAAGUGUGUUCUGUGUAUUAAUUUCUUCCUAACCCUAUGACUUGAAGUUGAAUUCUGUGAAAAUACAUUUAUGCCUGUAUUCUUUGAAAGAAAAAGACAUGGGUCUGUACUGACAUGACAGUAAAUGAAUGAUGACAGAAUUGAUCUUCUAACAAAUCGUUUCCUUCAUCAGUGGUUUCCUUGCAAUCGCUGUUAUGUGUUUGAGAAAAUGUGAAUGUAAGUAAACCUGUAAGAAACUGCCUGACGUGCGUUUUAAAGGUGAUCUAAUAUUCUCUGUA